GCAGAUGCACCCACCUUAAUCUGACUAUCCACACUCAUCGUUGCCCCUUUUUAUCCCUUGUGGUCCUUUCUUCUCUUUCUCUCUUUUUCUCUUGGGUUCACCAGUCUUUUUUUUUUUUAUAUUUUUGCUGCUCACCGCUUCAUCUGAUGCAGCACGUUAACGGUGUUCCUGUCCAUAAUUCCGAUCCGUGCCUUAUUUACGAUGGGCUCGAUACCGAACCUACGUGGUUCAGUGCUCAGGGCGGGGUUUACCGCUGCACAGAACGUCGGUCAGGACGCCUCGUCGCCAUCAAAAAAUACCUCGUAGAAGAAUAUCAUCAUGAAGACAUGUUUGUCAUGCCCAAGGAAUUGGUGGAAAACGAAAUUUACACCAUGACCAAGUGUAUUCAUCCCAAUAUCCUUAAACUACUCGCCGUCUACUUGCAUCAGGAAUUCGUAUUUCUGGUGAUGCCGCUGUGUGAAGGUGGUUCGUUGCAACAAUAUGUUUUUGACCACCACCUUACCGUGGGUCAGGUGGUUCACAUCGUUCAUUCGGUCGCGGCAGGUCUUGCGGAAAUCCAUCGCCACGGCUACAUUCAUCGUGAUAUCAAAUGUGAUAAUAUUUUCCUGGAUCAAGCAAGCAAUACCAUUGUCAUCGGUGAUUUUGGGGUAGUUUCCAUUAGUGCAACGGCCGAUUCCAGUGUGGAGGAAGCGGGCGUUGUUUUGUUCUGGUCACCUGAACUUGUGCAGCGUAAAGUGGUGAACCGAAAAGUCGAUAUUUGGGCGCUGGGUAUUGUCAUUCUCGAAAUUCUGAAUGGGGGUAAGGCGCCAUACGAGGAUGAAAAACUAGAGGAAGAGGAGAUCAAACAACGCAUUCUUGACAAUGGCCGACCGUUGUAUCCCGCCAAUCUUCCAUCACGUUUAAAAGACCUUUUAGAUCGAUGUUUAGAGCCCGAUCCACGUGCAAGAAUAUCUGCCGACGACGUUCUGCAGCAUCCAUUUUUACGUGAUUAUGAACCCGAACCACUCUUUCCUGCGACACGAUUGGAUCACGAUUUUACUUGUUCAACGUCUGGAUCCGAUCAAUCUGAUAUAUUAUCAGAAAAGCAUGACCAUCACGAUAUUCAUCAUGACGCCGCAGAUGACGCUAUGAUGAAUGCCCUCAAAAAAUUACGAGCCUUGGAAGCAUUGCAUGAUUUCGACAUUGGGAUACCAACAUCUUUGGAAACUCCGCCACCAUCGCAACCGAAACAGGCACCACAAAAGACCUCGUCACCACCGCCCAAGCAAACACCCUACACCAAACCUUCGCUAUCGCAUUUGGCUUUGUCCGAUGUGGUCGAAAGACCCCCUUCACUUUCACCUCCGCCACCGAUACGACCAACCAAUCCGAUCAAAAAGGGAAAAGCAACCCCUGCAGGCAUGUAUACCCGAAAAUUACCCAGAUCUUUGCUCCAUUCUGCAGCCUCGUCACAUCGAUGCCGUUUACCGAUGCCGUCCUUUAUUGUAAAUGAAACUGAAGCUGCAGCCAUCCCUUCUCAACAAAAAGUGGCCAAUGUCCUUCGCAAACGUCAAUCCAUGUCUGAAGCUAACCGUAAUCAAGGCUCACGUCUUCCCAUGUUGACCCUCCCCACCGCCGAGCCACUCAUUGAAAAAGAAGAACCAGUCCCGACCCCCGUCAAACAGAUACGAAAGGUCAAAUCCGUUCGUCCUUCUUCCGAUAAACAGACCGAAUCCAAAUCGGCAUUGACACGAUCGAGGACCAUGCCGUUGCAAACCCGACCUGCAAAACCACGGACGGAAAAUGGACAACGAGCACCCGACAGCACAAAAUCCAACGCCGAUAGAAAGGAGAAACCGUCAUCCCAACGAUCCGAUCGUGCACUGACCCUUCGCCAAGGGAAACCGAGCACUGGAACCAGCCCUAAGUCAGCGACCGUCACUGAAAAAUCAGGAAAACCCAUCUCUGUCAAACCGAAAACGGGAACCACGUCCACCCCUCACACGCCGCUACAGAAACGAUUACCGAAACCUUCCACGGGGGAGAGUCGAACGGCUCGGUUAAUGAAAGGGAUCAGUACAUCGGAUUAUCGAUCGACAUCACGCGACAGUCCCGCCGGUUCCGAGUCAGUUGAAACAACCACCGAUGACAAAAAGAUGCAUACCAUGCGACUCAUGGCCCAACGGCGAUUGGGACACGCGUUAAAUGUAAAAGAAAGUGCGGACAAAACAAAACAAGUCAAAAAGAGAAGACCCAUGUCCUUUAACAAUAACGCAGUGGGGCAGAAACCAAACGCGGGUGAUGUAGCAAGAUCACCUCAUACGAUGACCAAAUCGACUUUCGGAAGCCCAUCCUCACUGCCGAAAUAUGAUCUCAAAGCACGCCGUCAAUCCGCUCCAGCCCCACCUACCAAGACAAAUAGCCCCAACUUGGAUAAAAAUGGUCCACUGAAAUGUAUCAAGGUGUUGCGGGUACAUUAGAACUUAGGGUCAUUCAUUCUUUACACGGCAUCACAUCACUUUGCAUUAUCUCCCCCUUUUUUUUUCACCCUUAUUAUUUAUUUUUUUCCUUAUCCUAGCUUUUUUUCUCUAUCAAUUCCCAAGAACCCACCCAAUUAACUUCUUGUUCCGCACUCUCUUUUUGAACAGUUUGGAUUGAAAAGUAUGAUGAAAUAUA